AUACUCUGUUUCGCUUUUUCUGUUGGCUGAUACUCUUUCUUUAAAAAUUUAGAGCAAGACCAACCGUGUCGUGUUCUUUUGUGAUUUAUCCAUCUUAUUUAGAUUUUUUGCAAAUGUCCUUCUGCAUGCUAUGCCAUGCCUAAUCCGUUGGUUUCUUUUCUUUCUCUUUUUUUUUUUUUUUUUUUCUUUUUCUUCAUAAUUUCGGACAAGGAAAAAAAAAAUUGGAAGAUUGUUUGUCUUUUUGCGCAAAAGAAAUAGGAAUAUAGUAUCUGAGUUAUGUAUGGUCUGUUGCUGGCGCAUUAUUGAGUCUGGAGUUCUUUAUGUUAGACCAAGAAAACAAAGAUUAUCUGCUAAUAGAAAAAUUUCAUUUUCCCCUCACUUUCAACGCAAAUAUCUUACAAACCCAGUAAAAUCAAACCAUUUUGUUCGUGGACUCUUCCUAUUUUCUCUUUCUCAAGAGUUAUCUCUGCGACAGUUUCCUACUAAUUUCUAUCGCUCAUUGUUGGUUUAUCUUUUCUUGUUUCUUAUUGUUUUUUUUUUUUUAUCCUGUUUAAAGCCUAGACAUAUCAUCCCCUUUAUGAUAUCAAAUUGGAGACCACAAAAGUUUUAGGUGAAGUGGAUGGCUGAGAUUUGAAACUCUGUGAUUUGUGUUCUUUCUUGUUGUCGAAGAUAAGCCCAUUCUCAAGCACUGUGGUAGUGAAAAAUCUCAUGGGCAAGCAGAAAAAGUUGUGAAUGGGUUCAUGUGAUUAGAGUUAUGAGUUAGUUGGCAUUCCAUUAAAGUUUAGAGGAAGGGCUCCAAAAGAAUUUUUCACCCCCGGAAACAAAGAAAUGGAGCCACUAUAUCGUAAGUCUCUUGAGAGAAUAGUCUCACAGAAGGCUUUGAAAAUGGGCAACUCAUUUUCUUGCCAAAUUUGUGUGGUGGGUUUUCUCUGUGGAGUCUGUCUCACCUCUCUGUUUCUGGCUGCUCUCACUUCAUUUGGUUCCUUCGAGUUUGGUGGGAUUUCAUUUUCAGCCAUUUCAAUGGGUGCUUCACCACAGAAUUCAAGUUCAGAAAUCAUCAAUAAGGUUAACAGUACGAACUGCAAUUUUAAACCAAAGGAAACAGAGAGAUUAGUUGGUUUGCAAAGUAGUAAAGAAAUGACCGAUGAUGAGAGUAUCUCCUUACUAUAUUCAGCAUGGAGUGCCACUCUAAAUGAAGCAAGUGACUACUUGAAGGAUUUGAGACUGAGGGAAGACAGUGUGCCAAAAGCCCCUCAUUUGGAAAACUGCCAGUUGAGAGCACAAGUAAAUCAGCAUCUUGAUAAGCGGUUUGAGAAUGAGAACUUCCCUCCUUGGGCAGGUUGGAAGGGACUGUUAGCCACGCACCCAGCAGCCCCAACAUAUGAGCAGCUGAGACACUUUAGGCAUCAGGCUAUAUCUGAAGGUGCUUAUCCUCCCUGGAUAUUGGGAUCGGAUGAAGAAAACUACCCCUUGACGAGGAAAGUACAAUAUGACAUAUGGAUCCAUCAGCAUCCAAUGAACUGCAAGGAUCCAAAUAUAAGAUUUCUUGUUGCCGACUGGGAGAGAUUACCUGGAUUUGGUAUUGGAGCACAGAUUGCUGGAAUGUCUGGUCUUCUUUCUAUUGCAAUUAAUGAGAAAAGGGUCCUUGUUACUAACUACUAUAAUCGAGCUGACCAUGAUGGAUGCAAAGGUUUGUCCCGUUCCAGCUGGUCUUGCUAUUUCUUUCCAGAAACAUCUCAAGAAUGCCGAGACCGUGCAUUUGAGCUUUUAGGCAGUGAAGAGGCAUGGAAAAGAGGAAUCAUAACUGCAAAAGAAAAUUAUAGCUCAAAGGAAAUAUGGGCUGGACGGACUCCUAGGACAUGGGGUCUUCCUUGGAGUUAUUUGCAACCUACAACAGAAGUAAAUGGAAGUUUGAUUACUCAUCAUCGUAGGAUGGAUCAAAGGUGGUGGAGAGCACAGGCAGUGCGCUACUUAAUGAGAUUUCAAACUGAGUACAUGUGUGGAUUAUUGAAUGUGGCUCGCCAUGCAAUCUUUGGAAAGGAAGCGGCAAAAUUAGUUCUGAAAAGUCUUAACCAAGAAUGGCCAAAGGAAUUUAUGAAUGCACCAACUUCCGAUAUGGAACGUUAUGUGUGGUCUAGUCACAAACCAUGGAUGCCUAGGCCACUGCUAAGCAUGCAUGUAAGAAUGGGAGACAAAGCAUGUGAAAUGAAGGUAGUUGAAUUUGAAGAAUACAUGCAUCUUGCUCAACGCAUUAGGAAGCACUUUCCACACCUCAACAGUGUUUGGCUUUCUACCGAAAUGCAGGAAGUUAUCGACAAGUCCAAAAACUAUUCUGGCUGGAAGUUUUACUACACAAAUGUGACACGCCAAGUAGGAAACACAACAAUGGCAAGUUAUGAAGCGAGUCUUGGUAGGGAAACCGGCACAAAUAAUCCUCUUGUUAAUUUCUUAAUGGCGGCCGAAGCUGACUUUUUCAUCGGAGCAUUGGGUUCCACAUGGUGCUUCCUUAUAGAUGGAAUGAGGAAUACAGGGGGGAAAGCAAUGGCUGGAUACGUAAGUGUGAACAAAGAUCGAUUCUGGUAGAGAUUUAAGUAAAGCAGCAGGUAGUUACAACUGUCUGUAAAUUUGAACGAUGGACCGACAGUUCUUGUUCUGUGUAUAUAUUAGGAGUCAUUAUAUAUAGAGUAAUGUCAAAUAUAGUUCUUUGAGUAUGCAAGCGUCGUGCAGUCAUUUUGAAAAAAAGUGAGGUCUACUAGCAAAAAAUUAUUAUUAUUUAACGUGAGUCUUGUAUUUAUUUAUUUUUUUCAAAGUGAUUACACGGCCUUGUGUACUUCUGACUAUAACUAUCAUUUCUCUUAUAUAUAUAUAUAUAUAUUUUGCAUAAUGAGUGAAUUCUGUAAAUGCACUUAAUGUACACAAGGACUGGUAAUAAAACGAAUAUAUAUAUAGAACUCGUCUUCUUCUUA